CCCCGACCGCUGGCGGGACCCCUGGGCAGGGACGCCCCAGACUCCCUCCUUGGAGCUAGUGCCAAGUCGAGCGCCCCGUCCCCUUCCUAGCCCGCGGGGUGCAGCUCCCCUGGAAAAGAGAUUCCCAUCCCCACCACCACUUUGCAGUCCCUUCUCAGAGACUGGAAGCCAAAACGUUGUGUAAGUCAUCUGGCUUGCGAAAGAACCCACUCUUACACCCCGCCCUUCCGUUUCUCUCCCCUGCCCACCCAUGUCUGGCCAAGCCCCUAACCCCAGUGGAGUUAAGGGUUAUCUUUGCCAAGGAUUCUGGCCACCGCUGUUAGGUGGGCGAGUCUCCAACAGGGCAGCCAGCUGCAGCUCAGACUUGGAAGGAGAGAUAAGGAGACAGGAACUUCUCCUCCCUUCCCCGACCCUUACCGACCUCCUUUCUCCCCAUAUUUGGGGGGGUGGGGAGUGAGUUAUUAAAUAAAAUACCACUGCUCUAUUUCUGCGGAACGGCCUCUCUGCGCAUAUUCCCACACGGUUUUAGAGGUCAUUGCAAGAAGGAGUUACUGUGUUGGCCUGAGUUCUUUCUUAUUCUCAGGGUCAAAGGCAGGUUUAGUGCUUGGAGGGAAAGAAAAGGCUUCAGGAAAGUAGUUGGUAUAUCAGAAGGUUUUUCUCCCUCUAUUUUAAAAGUUAUUAAAUUUUUUUAAAGCUUUGCAAUGUGUAAUGAUACAGAGUUUGUUCUAAAAUAAUAAAUGAAAAAAUUUACAUAUACAGCCCAUUCGCCAGGUGAAGCAGAAAGAAAAUUUAAAAAUUUACCAUCGUGUUUAGAUUGAUAAGGCUGAGGGAGUUUUAAAAGUUUAGAAAAGAGAGCAGCUGGGGAAAAAAUAGAAGUUAGUGUCCAGGCUGAACGCUUCAGAAACCUAUGGUUCUGGCUCUAAGUUCUUGAGAGAUAAGAAGCAGACAUACUGUUUACUUACUAGCUGCAUGUUUUUACAUAGGUCAUUUUAAAAGUUAGAUUGUGGUUUUGGAAAGAUGGUUGGGAUUAGACCUGUUGCUGGUGAAAUAUCCCUGUGGAAGUUUCAGAAUUUUCAAAAUAGGUUAUAAAAGCUUAAGAAAUGAUCUUGUAGCUCUCAGUUUGGAAACAGCACAUAUCCUGACAUCAGUGGCAAUUUUCUUGGAGAAACAGCUUUUGCAGGGAUAUAUAUUUUUAAUUACAUGUAUCCUGGGGAAGCAGCCAAGCUGUUUUGAAGGACGGGACUGGAUCCCUUUACAUGCUGGAAAAUAGUUACUUGUAACUCUAGACUUCAUAGACAACAUCUGUAAGGAGCCAAGGAGACUGUUUAUCAAUGCCGGAGGAAUUGAGGACAGCAACUGGACUCUCCCUUGCUGUUCUUCCUCUGUUCCGUUUAUGUACCAAUGUGCACAGAGAAGAUCAACAUCCCCAUCGGCCCAUGUGGUGGCAUGUGUCUCUCAGUCAAGAGACGCUGUGAGCCUGUCCUGAAGGAAUUUGGAUUUGCCUGGCCCGAGAGUCUGAACUGCAGCAAAUUUCCACCCCAGAAUGAUCACAACCACAUGUGCAUGGAAGGGCCAGGUGAUGAAGAGGUGCCCUUACCUCACAAAACCCCCAGCCAGCCUGGGGAAGAGUGUCACUCUGUAGGAACCAAUUCUGAUCAAUACAUCUGGGUAAAAAGGAGUCUGAACUGUGUUCUCAAGUGUGGCUAUGACGCUGGCUUAUACAGCCGCUCGGCCAAGGAGUUCACUGAUGUGUGGAUGGCAGUGUGGGCCAGCCUGUGCUUCAUCUCCACCACCUUCACCGUGUUGACUUUCCUGAUUGAUUCUUCCAGGUUUUCUUACCCUGAGCGCCCCAUCAUAUUUCUCAGUAUGUGCUAUAAUAUUUAUAGCAUUGCUUAUAUUGUCAGGCUGACUGUAGGCCGGGAAAGGAUAUCCUGCGAUUUUGAAGAGGCUGCAGAACCUGUUCUCAUCCAAGAAGGACUUAAGAACACAGGAUGUGCAAUAAUUUUCUUGCUGAUGUACUUUUUUGGAAUGGCCAGCUCCAUUUGGUGGGUUAUUCUGACACUUACUUGGUUUUUGGCAGCUGGACUCAAAUGGGGUCAUGAAGCCAUUGAAAUGCACAGCUCUUAUUUCCACAUUGCAGCGUGGGCCAUCCCUGCAGUGAAAACCAUUGUCAUCUUGAUUAUGAGACUGGUGGAUGCAGAUGAACUGACUGGCCUGUGCUAUGUUGGUAACCAAAACCUUGAUGCCCUCACUGGCUUUGUGGUGGCUCCACUCUUUACUUACUUGGUUAUUGGAACUUUAUUCAUUGCUGCAGGUUUGGUGGCCUUAUUCAAAAUUCGCUCAAAUCUUCAAAAGGAUGGGACAAAAACAGAUAAGUUGGAAAGGCUCAUGGUCAAGAUUGGUGUCUUCUCAGUACUGUACACAGUUCCUGCAACCUGUGUGAUUGCUUGUUAUUUCUAUGAAAUCUCCAACUGGGCGCUCUUUCGGUAUUCUGCAGAUGACUCAAAUAUGGCAGUUGAAAUGUUGAAAAUUUUUAUGUCUUUGCUGGUGGGUAUCACUUCAGGAAUGUGGAUUUGGUCUGCCAAAACUCUUCACACGUGGCAGAAGUGUUCCAAUAGAUUGGUGAAUUCUGGGAAGGUAAAGAGAGAAAAGAGAGGGAAUGGUUGGGUGAAGCCUGGGACAGGCAAUGAAACUGUGGUAUAGUCUAGCCAUCCUCUGUAUGUUCCUCGUUUUGAAGAGAGAAAUGCCAGCAUUCUUUGGAAGUGCUACUAGAAGUCUGAUGCAAUCAAUCUCAGUUUGAACAAACUAGCAACACUCAAGAAACCCCCAUCAGUCCACUACCCAUCACUCCCACCCCGGCAACGUAAAAACCAGCGAUUUUUGCCACAGACUUUGGAAUGAUCCACAAAUGGAAAAGCCGGUUACAGGCUUUCAAAGCUGUGAAAAAUCAAAAUGUUGAUCAUUUUAACAGGUCGCAGCUUGGAGCAUGAAGGUCCUGCCUAGAUUCCAGCAAGUCGAGGGCGAUGCUGUUUUUCCCUCUAGGGUGGGAUUUGAGCUGUGAGUUGAUAACUUGAAGAAAGAAAGAUUAAUUUUUUUAACCCUUUAAAAUGUUAAAUACUAACUAAGUCUUUCAGAUAGCAAAGUGAUCUAUAAACACUGGAAAUGUUGAGUUCAGAGGAGUGUUACAAGAGUUUUAUAGUUUGGCUGAUCUAACAUAAACAUCUUUUUGUGGUGCACUGUCUUCUGUUUAGAACUUUGUGGAUUGCACUCCCAAGAGGUGGUGUCAAAAUAUUUCAGUGCCUUUGUCAUAAAACAGAAUUGUUUGAACAAACAAAGUACUGUUCUGACAAAUAUAAGGUAUCCAGUGGAUUUUUCUUCUUUCUCCUCCUCUCUUGAAUUUCAACAUCUUUCUUCUAGGCUUCUGCUGUUUUCAUUUUACACUAAUGACUCAAAAAAAGGUAUUUUUAUAGGAAUUUUUGCAAUGCAGCUUGCUUAAUGAGGGGGGAAGGAAGGGUAAUUCACUUUCUGACAAUCACUUAAUUCAGAGGAAAAUGAGAUUUAUAAAGUUGACUUACCUUACCAACCCCAGAGACCUAUUGCAUUGAGCAAUGGGGACUUAAUAUAUUUUACUUUGUGUGAUUGCAUCUACGCAGACGCCAGUCUGGAAGAGUUGAAAUGUUAAAUUUCUUGGCAACUUUGCAUUCACACAGAUUAACUGUGUAAUUUAUGUGUGUCAAUUACAAUUAAAAGCACAUUCUUGGACCAUGACAUAAUAUACUCAACUGACUUUAAAACUAUGGUCAUCUUGCAUUCUUAGACUGAUAGUGCCUUUUACUCCUUAGCUUAAGAAUGUUAUCAGAGUCUAGUCUACUUACCACACUGGAGACUUAUUCAUUUUUGUAAAAGGAACUAAGGACAGCUAAUCCAACUACUUGGCGCAUAAUUGUUCCCUAGUAAUUGACAAAGGCUCCUUAUAAGAUUUCAUUGGAGGCAGUGUGGCCUGGAGUAUUUAUGUGGUGCUUAAUGAAUCUCCAGAAUGCCAGCCAGGAGCUGGAUUGGUUAGUAGGGAAUAAAGUGUAGACCAUAUGAAAUGAACUGCAAAAUCUAACAGUGCAGGUCUUAAUUGCCUUAUGUGGAAGUAUCCAAAGCUUUUAAAAUUUAUGCUUUAAGUUCCUCACAAGGGGGUACCCCCUAGCAGCCUAUCAAAAGUAGCAGUUCUUUUAAAAUUGUAGCUGGCCUUUUUCUUAAUCUGCCUUAGGCAUUCUACUCACCAGAACUCUGGGACAAUUUGUUGUCAGUGUCACAGGUUGCUAUUCUUAUAAUUCAUAUCUGUCUUUGCUUCAGCAACUGCUUUGUAAUAACUUAUUAUUUAUUAAUUCAUACCUUUUAAAAUAGAUAGGAAAACUUUCUUGACUGUUGUGGAGGAACAUUUCCAGACCCUCAAAGUUACAAAUAGGUGAUCAAAUUCUGGAAAUAAGCAUGUCUUUUUAUUUUGGUAUGAGCUUCAUGCCCAUGGUUUGACAUUUCUGUCGUUUUUUCCUCUUGUUUUCUUUUCACAUGUUACUGAACUGCUUGUGAUCAAGAUACAUAUAAGGGCCAUUGCAUGUUUGCAAGAGAAUGUACUGGGGCUUUUGAAAUAUAAGCUAUCUAAGCCUGGGUGGCCCCUGCUGCUUUGUGCUGUUGGGUUAGGGCUCGGAGAACAUGAGAAUUGAUCGCUGGAAGGACCAGUUUAGCUCUAUUUGAGGCUGCAUUGCCCACAAAAUAUAAAAUGUGAAUUCCCCAUGCUGCUUGCAGAUAGUUCCCAUAGCUGUUCAGGACCCUGGAGCAUGCACCCCAGAGCAGAGCCUGCCCUUACUCAUGCUCCACCCUGGUGUCUUGGGAGUUGUGUGGAGAGUUUAGCCCAGGGAAGGAAAGUAAGGUCACACAGUGAGGGAGUAAGUGCCCUUGCUGCUGGAGUUUGGGCUUUCUAAGGCAGAUUUCUUUAUAAAUCCUUCAUGAUUGUAUGACCAAGGCAGCACCUAACAGAUGUCAGUGUGGAGUAGGCAUUCAGGAUUUGUUAAUGAUUAAGUAAGAAUCAUAACAAUAGAAGAGUGCUUGAUUGAACUUGGACACUUAAAUUCUAAAUUCUGGAGCUGGUACCUUGACAGUGUUGAGAAUUUGAUCCACAGAUUUUUGCCUUUUCAGGGAAAGGUACAUUUGGUCAGAAGUAGAUGUUGAUACAGACUGGAUCAGUAGCCUUAGCAGUGCCACAGUGUUAUAGGCCUUUCUUUUCACAUUCCAGACAAUGGAGAGUGUUUACAGUUUCAAGAAAGGAACUUCGUGGCUGAGGAGUCAGUUUCCAGUGUCCUUCAAGCAACUCUACGUUUUGUUAAGUUGGUAUUAUUUCUAAAAAGCAAAAGUCUAUUAUGUAUUCAUUUAUUGAGUGCCCACUGUGUGCAAAGCCCUAUGUUGGUGCCUUAGGGAUACUGAGGGAGGUAAGCUCUAUUCUAAUGAAUAUAAAAUAGAGGUGCCCCUGGGUGUGCUCAGCUGCAGGUUUUGUAGGAGCCUCUAGAAUUCAAAUCAGUGUGUCGACCUCCUUCCGAGUCUCUGUACUUUUCGCCAUCUUUCAUCCUUUCCUAGAAUUCCUUCUAAAUCAGUUACAGGGGCUGCAUCAAAAUACCAGCUCUGCUUCAUGACAAUCUCUAUAAAAGUCCCUAAGAAGACUGAGAAUAAGAUAUAUGAAAACAAGUUCCCACACCUACUGUGCUGGAGCAGGGGCAGGCAGGUUGUGUUUCAGCUGUUCCUUGUAACUUGUAUAGGCAUAUUUGAAGACAGUGUAUUACUAGGGAAAAAGUUAGGGUUUCUUUUCUCCUCUAAAAUCUAGAAUAAAUAGGUCUGUUUGUAGCUUUUACAGAAAUCCCUUGGCCUCCAGAGAUAUUAUUAAACUGGACCAAGUGUACCUCAGUCCAACCUCCUCUCUGGUAUAUAUUUUUUCCUGCUUCAUAGAGGUCAAACCUUAAAACAGAGGAAUGGGAUGGAAUUGGCCAGAACCAUCUGGUUAAGCUAUUUGAUUGAUUCAUAUCCUUCUUCCUUUAUGGAGCCCCAUUUCCUGAUUGUUGAGACUGCUUCCGAGCUUGGCAGCUUGCUCAGGACCCUGAAAUAGAGAAGGGGUGAAACUUUUCAUUUCUCUGAGAUCCUUUUUGAUUUUUCUUCUUUCCUUGGUCACUCCCUUACCAGUAUUCCCCAGAAACAGAAUCUGGAAAACUUCUGUGUUAUAUUCUGCAUCAUGAUUCUGUCAAGCACCCCCAGCUUUGAACUCUCUGGCCCCUGCAUUCUUGGUCAUGGGAUUGAGUGGUUGCCUUUUGUGUUGAGAACCAAGAUGGCACCUGAGGACAGGAAGGUGAACUCAGCGUCUUCAUCCCAAUAGGGAGAAGCUCAUUUGAAGAGAUCUCACUGGGAUGGUGUAAUUUUGGUUUCUCAUCAGGUAGCUACAGUAGCAGUUACAAAACAGAACCACAGAGCACAGACUUUGGAAGGAAACUCUUAAAAUCAGACUACAUCUUGAGUUUCAUUCUGUGAUAGAGGGAAUUGGAGAGUUGCUCUUCUAGCCCGUCAAGUCAAGUCCCUGGACUCUGACAAUUUUCUUUGUUCCUUUAUUGUGUUUGAAUUCAGAGUCCAUGUCAGGGUUCACAUUGUGUCUGGCGAAGGACUUGGGUUAACAUUUUUCUUCUGUGGCUAGGUCACAGAUCUUGGAAACUGAAGGAAAGUAUUGUACUCCUACAAAGCAAGAGAUACUGGAACCUUAAAUAAUGGAGUUUGUUUCACUGUAGCCUGGAUAGAGCUCCCUGUUGCUGCCAGUUGCCAUGCAAAUGUGUAGUAAUGGCAUGCUUGACAGUACCAGGAGGGAAGUGAACCAUGGAUCUCCUUGACAUGCCUCUUCCCCUGGUAGGUCCAGUUGCCCCAUAGGGGCUUGUUUGUAUCUUGAUUACCUUAUGUCACCUUUUUGCAUCAGCAAGUUCCUGGUAUUCACCCAGGUAGUUUGUAGGGGACCUUUUUGGGAUCCCAUAUGAGCCAUGUCCUCAAAACUCUUAUACCUCUUUUGAUUUCCUGCAAUAUUCAGUACAUUACCACUGUCAUUGAAAAAAGGGUUGAGAGCAGUUCUGCCCCACAGAGUUGGGGUCCAUCUUUCCUCUCAGGUUGUUAAAAAUUCCCAAUCCUGUUAAUAGGCCCUGACUUUGUUGUGGAUUUGGGGAAGGGCAUGCUGCUUUCUCCAUCUCUCCCAGAGGGGCAUGUAGAUGGUUCUGAGUUUCUCCUACCUCACAGGGAUGUUGUGAGGCUUUAGAAAGUCUAAAUGAAGAUGAAGAAGGCUUCUUGAGCUCUUCAUACGAAAGGUAGACUAAAUAUCAGGUGCAAUCUGCAAAAAGGUAAAGUAAGACUCCGUCUGCUUUGUAUGGCAGUCAAACUAGUUGUUCUCUGGCCUAUUCUUAGAUCCUCAUGGCACCCCACAGCUCCAGAAACCUGGAGGCCAAACCCGGGGACUUUCUGAUGUUCAACAUAGAGGUACCAGGCAAAUUCCUGUACACAUCCCCUGAGUGAAUUGCUGAAUUUCAAAGUAAGAAGACCCUGCUUUUAAGGAUGUACAAAAGUAUGUCUGCAUUGAUGUCUGUACUGUAAAUUUCUAAUUUAUCACUGUACCAAAAAACCCUUGCUAUUUAAUUUUUGUAUUAAAGGAAAAUAAAGUUUUGUUUAUUAACGAA